UUAUCAUUCAAGGCGCGGACUUGAUCAGAAGUUGACCAGCCAUUUGGAGACUCACAAAUUUACAGUCAGAAUUCAAGAACAUCGAAGUUCUAUCUGUUCAUUUCAGAAGCGAAUAUUUAUAUUUAACUAUCAAGAUGCCGAAAAGAGGUGGAGGCGGAGGUGUAAGGACGAAACCCCAGCACAAGGGUCGUGCUCGUAAAUUCACAUCGCCUGAAGAAGUGGACGCUCAGAUGAAGGCAGAGGAGGAAGGCAGAGGACAGCCAAAAGGAGAAGGAGGUGAUGAAGACAGUUUUUCUCAUCCACAAGCUCGAGCAGGAGAGAUGCCUCCAUCUGACUCUGAAGAGGAGAGUAGCGAGGAUGAGGGGAAAGCGAAAGGAGUGGAAGGUCUGAUAGAGAUCGAGAAUCCUAACAGGAGAGUUCAGAAGAUGCAGAAAGCUGUCAAUGUAGAUGUCGAACAGGCACCAACUCAAAUCUCCAGAAGAGAGAGGGAAGAGAUAGAGAAGCAACAAGCUAAGGACCGUUACAUGAAGGCCCACCAGGCGGGUAAGACGGAUGAAGCAAGGGCAGAUCUAGCCAGGCUAGCUAUCAUCAGGAAACAGAGAGAAGAAGCACAGAGGAAAAAAGAUCUAGAAGCAAAAUCUAAAGCAAAAGGUAAGAAAUGACAACUUCCCUGGAUGUUUACAUCAGUCGGAUAUCUCUGCGAUGCCACUCACUUGCAAAGGGAAAGCUGUGCUACGAUACGAGCAGGAACAAGGAUGCAUCAUGGGUAAUGCUAUAACGCACCAAUCACAAGAGACUUUGGCCGUUCAAACUAAUCUUCACUCUCCAUGCCUCUCCGUGAAUAACUGAAUACAGUGGACACUCGUUAUAACGAGGUCCUUGGGACCAAGGAAGUUACCUUGUUAUAUCAGGAAUCUUGUUAUACUAGAGCUCUUUAUACUGAGGUUCCACUGUACCCCCAAAAAGAAAUUAUUCCCACACUGAUCGCCACUACACUGAAAUCUGAAGGUGAGAUGCAGGCAAUUGGACCCAUUUUAUUGAAGAUUCACAGCGAGGAAGAUUCACAGAGAGAAACAUCAGUGAGCUGUGAGGAAAUACAUUUUCUCCAAAUUCCUAGCAGAUCCUCCAUUUAAUUCUUUUCUGGCAAUGUUGUUGUAAUGCUCCAAAUUACUUUCAUGAACAUCAAUAUCAAAACCUUUUAAAGUAAACUUUAAGACUAAUUGAAUACUUUGUUUUUUGUCUGAUAGAAAAAUACUGGUGUCUUAUGCUCUUGCAAUGUAGUCCUUUUCAGCAUGCCGACAUUUCUGACUGAGAUUGCAGUUUAAUGCAAUUAAAAAACCUUCAUAUCCAGAAAACCUUAUCCAGAAAAUUCAGCAAGAUACACUGUGUCCGUGUGUGACAUAGGCAUGCCUUCGCAACCUCCAAUACCCGGUAGUUUAAAAAAAAUAUUCAAUGAGUCUUGUGUUUUAGACCCUUUUGUCAAAGGUUGCAAUAUGGAAGCUCUUUGUAUUUGCUACUUACCAGGCGAUUAAAUAUCCUGCCUCAAUUCAGUAAUGAUUUUAUUGUGAAAUCAAAAUGUGCGUGUGCAAAAGAGCCAUUCAUUAGUUACUUGCAAUGUGGCAUCGCAAGAUUAAGUGGAUGAAAUUUUCAUUGUGUAUUAUAAUAGAAGUAUACGUAGUUUACAAGGAAAGGUAUUGAAAAAUUCAAAAUACAUGUGAACAGUAAUAUUGAAAUUUGAUUGUACUUGUUUUCUAAUCUCAUUUUUUAAUUCAAACUUAAUGAAAUUAAUUUUUUUCAGUAAUGAUGAUCAUGGUAUUUUCUUGCUAUUGUAUUUUACAAUAUUUUAUGCUUAUAGUGACUUUGGUUAUAUUGUGCAAUUUGCACCUUUUGUGUAAGUCCUGAAGCUGUUUUUGUCCAGUUGUAUGUAUUUCACAUUCUCAGUGUGCUGAUUGUGUAUUAUGGGGCAUUUCUUCAGCAUUUCCAAACGAUUAGGGCACUGUAAUCAGAAUCUAGGAAGUGAAUGAAGUAUUGGGAUUGCUCUUGAAUAAAUGUUUGCUGGUAAUAUAUUUCUGCCAAAUGUUGAUGCUUCAGGAAAUAAAAUGUUGGAAAAGCUAGGAAGCCUAAUCUUAUUCGUCUAACGUUACAGUGUACCAUCUAGAUGGUUGUAAGUUACUAAGUUUACAGUGUACCAAUCGGCUAAAAACUUAUUUUGUGUACAGCAAAAAUGUCUAAAACAAGCUCAAAACUUUACCAAACUUUCUAUGGGCAAAAGGAUAAGGAGUAGCAUGAUGAAAAUAUUUUUUUUAAUAAAUCAGUGAACAAGGGCCUGUGCGGGCCCAAAUUUAUGCGAGUCCAUGCAGGUGCGUUAAGUAGUCUUAUUUACAAAUCACUUUUUAAUUGAGGGUGUAUUUGAACUUGCGAAAUCUCUUUUAGAUUUAAUAUUUGAAGCUCAUAUUUGGAAUAUAGCAUUGCAGAAUGGAACUCAUAACAUACAAAAUAAAAUAGUUGUUUGUGAUUGGUAUAUUUAAGAAUGUCUGGUAAUGCACGAAGUCCUUGAUUACAAAGGAAACUAUUAAAAGGUUAAUAAAACAGACAUAGCAGGGAGUUGUUAUAUUUUUGUCAAUUAAAAUCAAAUUUACUCUAUUUGAAUUGACAUUUACAGGAAAGCGAAUCAUCACUGAAUUAUUCAACUACUUUGCUGCCUGUGUAUGUGGGAAUGGCAGCUUGGAGCAUGUAAAAUAAAACGUUUUUUGUGUUAAUGUGCCUUAGUUUCAGGGAAAUUUAAAUCAUGAAUAUGUAAAUCAAUUUUAUGAAUGGAAGGACAUGGAUAAUGAUUAAUCCUGUUAUUAACUUUUUUCAGAAAAGUAUUUCAUUACAGAAUGAUUAUUCAUGCAGGGCUGUUACUUAACCCAGUCUACCGGUAUGUACAAUUUACAAUUGAGACAUAGAUGCUUGUAAUUGUAAACAUUGAAAAACUUGACAAAUGCUAGAUGGUCAUGCUUUACAUUUACAACAUUGGCAUGUGGCAAAGUUGGUAUUUAUUUUAGUUUUAAUAUCAAUAUAAUUUUGGGUAGAAGUAUUUAACAGAAUAACAUUUUAGGACAACCUGGUUGUGUUUAAUUCUAAUUAAGCAUUACAUAGUACAGGAAAUUAAAUCAGGCUGAAUAAGAUUCAUGAUGCAAAUUGUUAUUUGCAAUUUGCGAUAUACAAAUAUCUCGUUAUUAUUAUUAUAUGAUUGAUAGACACAGAGCCCAAAACCCGAUUGAUGUCUAAUUUGCCUCCAGAGGAUCUUCUUACCUAUCGAGUCAAAAUUGUUUAAUUGUGGAGCUCAUAAUAUGAAUUUUGGGAUUUUCCUUUCCAGGUCACAAGUGCUUGAAUGUACAACUUCCAAGUGACAGUUCUCACCAUACAUGUAUUUACAUGGUUGAAUGUUCAAUAUUUUUAUUUCUAAACUGAAAUUUUGAAUCAAGAAAGCAGUUAUUCCUCAUUUAAUCAGUAAAGAGAGACAUUUCUCUUCUAAAUUAUAGUGGUUAGUUUUAUCUCAAAAGUGAUAUGUAAAAAAUGUGUUAGAAUUAGAGAGGAGUGUACGUAUAGAAGUCAAGUCUCCUCCUUGUUUGUGAAAUAACAGGCAUGAGUUCAUUGCGUUUUACUCUCCCUGGCUUUGACAUUUUUAGUCUACUUCUUGUCAUGUUUAUCUUCUUCUUCAUACAUGUAUUUUCUGUCAUUUAUUUUUAUCCUAAACCCCCUACUUCAAAAUCAAACUCAUAAAAAAUGUGGAUUGUUCCUGUCAUAGCAGAAAUAAAAUGUUCAUGUAUAUAAACAAUAA